AUGAAGUUCGCCACUAUUAUCGGCUCGGCUCUGCUGGGCCUUGCUUCUGCUGGUAACACUACCACCCGGAAAACCACCUACGACUACAUCAUAGCCGAUGCCGGUGCUUCGGGUCUGGUUGUUGCCGAGAGACUUGCCAAUGCUGGCCACAAGGUUCUUCUUGUUGAGCGUGGUGGUCCUUCAUUCUACUCAACGGGUAACCGGGAUGACUUGAUGAGGUGGAACAAAACCGUCACCGCAUACGAUGUCCCAGGCAUGGCCUACUACACGGAUAUCUCACCGACCAUUCAGUGGUGCACAGACAUUGCUGCCUCAGCAGGUUGCCUGCUCGGUGGAUCUACCAUGUUGAACGCUCUCAUGUUUGUCAAGCCCCGAGCUGCUGACUUUGAGGGUUGGCCUAGGGGAUGGCGAUGGGAGGAUGGAGUGUCCGAUGCUGCCAAGAGCGUUUUCGAACGCAUGCCCGGGAGCAUUCUUCCCUCGACCGAUGGAAAGCGCUAUGAUGAUGGUGCAUUUGAGGUUAUGUCUAAGUUCCUUGAGAGCAAUGGUUGGGAUGAAGUCAAUGCUCUUGAGAACGUCGAGACGAAGGAUAAGAUCUUUACGCAUCCCCCUUGGCUGAUCAGCAAUGGACUUCGAGGUGGCCCCGUUCGUGAUAUUCUACCCGCUGCACAGGCCCUUGACAACUUCAGCUUGCAGCUUCACGCCAAGGUCAUCCGUGCUGUUCGCAGGGGCCCUAUCAUUACCGGGAUCGAAGCAGAGCAUGACGACGGCUCUCGUGAGAUCAUUAAGCUGAGCAAGGGCGGUUCCGUGGUCCUCUCAUCUGGCACUCACUCGACACCUCGAAUCCUCUUCAACUCGGGCAUUGGACCAAAGAAGCAAAUCCGCAUUGUACAGUCCGGCUCUACGAACGUCAAGCUCCCUCCUGCCUCUCAGUGGAUCGACCUUCCCGUUGGUCAGCGGCUUAUGGACCAUCCCAUUGUUGUCGUGGAUUUCCAGACCAAGAAUAAGCUUCAAGCCCUUCCCAAAGAGGCAUUCACUGAGCCUAGCGACGAGACUAUUGAGCUAUUUGCCGAAGGAAGUGGCCUUCUCUCGCAGUCAGCUCAGCGUCUUAACUUCUGGAAGAGCGUCGAAGGCAGUGAUGGAGUGACCCGCUAUGUGCAAGGUACAGUCAAUGCCCCUGAGAACAACACCAUCUCAGCCAAGGUCUAUCUCACCCACGGCCUCACAUCUCACGGAACCCUCGAGAUUACUCCUGAGGGCAACACCAACAUCACCCAAAAGCCAUUCCUCAAUACUGAGGGUGACCGCGAUGCUCUCAAGACCUUUGUCGCCGAACUUCUUAGCUACGCACGUAAGCCUGGUAGCGUUCUAAGCGUGCCUAGCAAUGUCACCGCGGACACUAUUCUAGAGGUUUCGUACAGUGGCAACCAUCAUCUCGGGUCGGCUAAUAUGGGAGCCAAGAACGAUGGCAAGAGCGUUGUUGGGCCUGACACCCGAGUUUGGGGAACCAAGAAUCUGUUUGUCGUCGAUGGUAGCAUGCAUCCUGAGGUUCCUACUGGAAAUACCCAGGCUUCCAUUAUGGUUGCUGCUGCACAUGCCGCUAGCAAGAUCUUGGCUGCUUCCUCCAAGCGACACUAA